AUGGACAAAAUAAAUCAGUCAAUCCAGGACGUCCUCAACCAUGUCCGACCUGACAUUGCCGCCGCAUCAAGUACUGUCCUCGAAGCCCCGGCUCGUGACGCGGGUCCAUCAGGAAGAAAUGGCCCAGAGGCCCAAAUGUGGCAACCGUCACAGCAACUACCCGAAAUGCCUUACUUCCCUGCCAGUCCGCUGAUAGAACGCCUACCUGCUCCUUUGAGUCUGCCAUCCCUAGACCUUACCGAGAGGGGGCUACCACCUGGACAGGUGGUGCAGGAGCUCGUCGAGUUGUUCUUCGAAGUCGUUUAUCCAUACAUCCCUUUGUUCUGCAAACAGAACUUUACCGCCAACAUGUUUACCCCAGAGCGCCAGAUCCUGCUUCACGGUAUCGUGCCGGUGUCUUUCCGUUUUUGGAGGAAACAGGCUCCUUCUCCCGAAGAGCGGGAUAGCUUCGUGAAAUUCUCCCGCGAGCAGGUCUUGUUGAAGACCGUCGACACCUGUACUUUGGUCUCUACUCAAGCGCUCGCCCUCUUAGCCCUGGAUGCCAUCGGUCAAGGGCCAGGUCCGAGAACGUUGAACUUGACGGCCAUGCUUGUCACGGCGGCCCACCAGCUGGGUCUCGGGAAGAGUCAUUCUCCGACGACGCCAGAGACCAACACUCCGCUGGUAAGGAAUGAAGACCCCGAUGAUGGGAUGGACUCGUCGAAUGUCGCGGUGGAGGAGAAGCGGCGCCUGUUCUGGGCAAUCUACAGCCUGGAUCGCUUCUCAAGCGUCUCUCACGGACAGUCCGGUGGCAUCGACACCAAGACCAUCAAACUGCCCUAUCCGUCGAGUGACGUGGACUGGGGUCAGACAAUGACGCCCGAGUGGUUCCAAGCCGGAGUGCAGGCGAAGCCCGCACAUACCCACUGCCCUGCUAGUCUGUGGCAUCAUAACAUUGAUUUGCUUGCAUUGCUGGAUCGCUCAAAUCAGCUCCUCAUCCAGCCAGUCAAUUUGUCGCUUCCUGCUCACUGCCAGGAAUGGCAGAGCAUCUUUCGGCGACUGGACAUCACAAUGUCCACCUGGUUCGAGAAUCUGCCCAAAGAGGUCCGAGAGCGGCCAGCCUCGUUUGAUCCGAUGUGGUUCAUGCUCCAUGCCACCUUUCAUCUCAUCAACAUUCGAAUGUACACGGUUGCCGCAUUCCCAUCUACCACGUCACCUUAUCUCAGACCGUCUGCGUCGGCUCGCGGCCGUUGCCGCCAGGCCAUCAGAACCGUGGCGUCACUGGCGAGCUCGCUGCAGACGCAAGAGCUUGACCGGCUCCAUCCAAUGUUUGCCUUUGUCGUAUGGGUGGCUGCGAGAAGUCUUAUCAUUCUCUGGACGACGGGCUACGAAAAUGCCUACGGGUCCACGCCGACAGACCUAGAGCCUUUGCUCAAUGUUCUGAGACACAUGGCCACCCGAUGGUUGUGCGCUCAGCGAUAUGCCGACAUCAUCCAGUUGAUCUUGGACACAAAGAACAAUCCCGGUGGACCCACAGGGCUUGAAAUUUUCAACGACACGAGACGAACUUCCUACGGGCUCCAAAACUUGCUCGGUACUUUGGUGGUUCACCGGGCGCCAGAGGCCUUCCCCAAUUCUUUUGACUUUCUCGACAUUUCUCUUCUUGACGUGGGCGAGUUGAGUGUUCCACGGAUGGGGGGAGUCUUUGGAGCAGAAAAUGACGGCGAGUGGCUGUAA